CUGUGUGAAACAACCCUCCGAAUAGAGAUAGGCUGUCCCACAGAGUCGGCUAACGAUUCAGUUACCCAGUCGUCAUAAACGCCACACAUAAUUCGUACGCUCAAAAUAUUCAUCGACGUCGACGAAGAACGAGUCAAACGAUCGUCGAAUAUCGUUUGUAGUAAACAAUGUCGAUUCCAACGCAUAUUUUGCACAUCGAUCGACAAUUUUUCUUAGUUUUGUGUUUGUAAUUGCUUUUUUUUGUGUAUUUUCUUUUAAUCGCAUCGAUUCAGUGUUUGUAUUACAUUGUGAAUUUUAAACUGUAUUUCGGCGAAAUUAUUCGAUUUAAUAUUAACAAAACGACAUUAAUGUGUGAAUAAGCAAAAAGAAAACAGUGUUAAAAAACAAACAAACAAAAAAACAUGUCUUCGUGCUAUAGUGGAUUUUCAUCGUCUUUGGACGAUUUUGAGUGUUCGUCAACGGACAGUGGAUUUGAAAAAAGCUACGAAAGUAUUUCCGGCAUAAGUGCUCACAAUCUAAGCUACAAUCAACUAAACAUCACUGGAAAUUCGGAAACAGAUCUUAUGCCAAAGAUUUUGAAUCCAAUAAUGUCACACACGGCAUUGGAUGAAUUCACACCAAUGCUUGGCAUGCAAACAUCCACACCGCUCAAAGCAAAAAAUAAUCAAGUGAAAAAUAGCAAGAGUGAUAAAAAUGGUACGGCCGCUCGACCAAAACGAAAAUAUGCGGUGGGCAAAAAUCGAAUGACCCGAUCACGUAGUCCAUCGCAAGUCAUGCGCAUCAAACGUACACGACGUAUAAAAGCAAAUGAUCGUGAACGUAAUCGAAUGCAUACAUUGAACGAGGCACUGGAGAGGCUGCGUUUAGCUCUGCCCACAUUUCCCGAAGACACAAAACUAACGAAAAUUGAAACGCUACGUUUUGCUCAUAACUAUAUAUUUGCGAUGGAACAAGUGCUUCAACACGAACAAGAAAUAAAUCUUGAUUUGGAAAAACUGCAAAGCAUCACACUCAGCGGUGAACCAUUUACCAAAGAACUAUUCGAAGCAAUGUUUGUUCAUCCAAAUUCAUGUGAAUUGAAUGGAUUUACAUCGUGCGAUUUCUACAGCAGCAUGCAACAGUAUCAUACCAUUCAACAACCGGCCAACUACACCAAUGAUCCAUCGUUUUCCAAGCAAAAUUAUGACAUUUUCCGCGGAGCAUUUGAAACGGCGAUGAAUCAAGGACCAAGCUAUCAAUCACCGCCACCAUCCAAUCAACAUCCGACCAACUUUGGCACAAACGGCGAUAGCUUUAACAACAACAAUAAUAAUAACAACAAUAACAAUCCACAAUUUGGUAUGGUAAAUGUGCAAAGUCGCCGUUAUCAACAGCAACCACAUCGAACACCAAAUUUCCAUCAAAAUAGCAGCUUUUACACGCAUACACCACCAUGGAAGGACUAUAAUGAACAAAUGACCAACACAUUUGCACCAUAUCCAGCAUUAUAGCGAACUAGGUAUAUAGAUUUCAUUUAGGUGUAAAACUGUCAUCCUUCGAAGAACCAACACCAACAUUUUUGGGUCAGUGAGUUGUAGAGAAAAGGUUUGUCGCUAAUUUUUCCAUUUCAAGAAAAAAACUCUUUUGUUUGAGUUUUUACACAUUUGAAGAAUGGAUUUUGUUAUGGUUGAUUUUUAUUAACGAUAUUUACUUGGAUUUUACACAAAAUCAACUUUUAACCAAAAUCCACUCGAAAAUAUUAGACACAAAAGGUUUCUCUAGGAAAUUUCCAAUUUCGAUUCUUUUUAAAAAUGUAAUAAUGAAGAAAUUGAAAAAAUGUUCGGAAUAUUGAAAUGUCUAAAUUCGGAACACCAAUUCAAAACGAAUAAGAAAAUGUUUAGUUUUGAGGUAGUUUUAAACCAAUGGCCCAAAAACUGGUUCUAGUCACAUUUCAAAACAGUUUAAAAAGCAAAAUCAGAGAAGAAAAAAAUAUGUUUAAUUUUGAAAUCAAAGGCAAUAUUUAUUGUAAUUGGGGAUCGAUUUGAUAAAUGCUUUAAUUUUUCGAUUUUAGUUCUGUGAUGGAAAUAUACAUCACUUUCUACGGGUAAUUUUCAUUAAAUUUUACAAUAAUUUCUUCGUUUCAAUAGUCCAUUAUCAUCUUCAGUUUCGAUCCAUUUUCCAAUUGAUUUUUUUGAGGUUUUUUUUUCUAAAAGAAAAGAGCGAAUUUAAACAAACAGAGAAGAAACGAAUUUUACAAUCAACCAACUAAAUUUGAAAUGUAAGUGAUUUUCAAUAAGAAUACACACGUUGAAAAGUUGAAAUUUUACGAUUACAUUUUAUGUGAUAUGAAAAACGAUUGUUUUCUGUAAUGAAAGAAGACAAAAAUGUGCUCAUAAAAUUUCACAAAUUUUACACUUCACAAAACACAUGCUUUCAAAUAUUUCAUGAGCAAAAGAGAUGGAAAAUCUCUAAAAUAUUUGAUUGUGUUUGUUUUGGUGGAUGAUCUAUACUUUUCAAAUGAAAUUCAAAGUACAAACAAAAAAAAAACCAUUUAAAUUUCAUUUAAAAUGUAUUGUCACAAAAUGCGCAACACAUAGUCUUACAAUAAAUGAAUGCCUUUUGAUAGAUUUUAAGGGAAACAAAUACAAACAAAUUCUUUUUUACCUAUAUAUAUUUACAAACUGCAAAGACACUUGUUCUUAUUGAAAAUGCUCAAUUAUUGAAAAUUAAAACAAAUAAAUCGAAAAUUCUAUUUACAAAUUGCACCAAAAAACAAAGAUAUACAAUGUUACUAAUGUCAUAAUAAGGAAAAUUCUUCUAAAAAAAGUGAGUAGUAAAUAC